AUGCCAUGGCGACCAUUUUUCUUUGACAGAGCGAUGGCAAGCAGUGACCUGCCUUUGGAUGAGCUCACCAGGGAAUCAGCCCGGAUGGGUUCCUUCCUGCUCGCAGUGAGCCACGUGCAGACGCUGUCCUACGAGUACAUGUGGAAUGGCCAGAUGAAGCAGGGCAAGAAGCUUGUGGUGACGUUUGUCUCUCCCAGUCCAAGGUUGUAUUGCCUCGGCAGCGCCAAGAUGCAAAAGGGCAACGAGACGGAACUCAAGAAGCUUGAGGAGCAGUUUCAAAUUGCUUCCACAUGGAGGUUUUUCGAACUGCUAUUUGCAGAUGACAAGCCGCAGUACAUCGCGGCUCCCAUCAAGCUUGUUCUGGACCUUCGUCGCUCAAAAAAGGUGCGCGUGCUGGACGCCAAGGACUUCAAGCAGCAUGUGCCUGAGCCAGCGACCACAAUCGCAGAGGUUGUGGGCCUGCACACUGCUGCCCGCAUCGAUGUCAUUGGCUUAUGCAGUGAGAUGAGCGAACCGCGGCACCAGGUUGUGGAUGGCUCUUCAGCGAUUUCCGACAGCGACAAGAAGGCAGAGCUCUGCCUUUCAGCCUUUUUCGUGGCAACAAGCACCAGCGUCGAGCCCAGCGAGCUCACACAGCUGCGCAGCGCUAUUGCUGGAAAGAAGCCCUUGGCUUUGAUGGGCCUGAAUGUGAAGCUGGGAGACAACCGGUCUUUGGAGGUCACCACGGCAAGGGACUUCUACUGCUUCGUUGCCCAAGGGGCCAAAGCAGAAGAGAUGGCGCCAACAUGUGAGAGCAAGGACUAUCUGUCGGAGCCUGCGCAUCAGUCCACGGUGGCACUGAUCGACACGCUCCUCAACGCGGGGGCCAUCAGCGACCCAAAGCUGGUGCAAGUGAACUUCGUGACAAUCACCAGGCCCGCCAAGGAGCAAAAGGUGCUGACCAAUGACGGAGAUCGCCUUUGGAUCAUUGCCAAGAUGGCUGACUGCACGGGUGCGAUCACCUUGGCGCUUCGAGAGCGUGCAGUGCUUAGCCUGGCCAACGUCCCAGACAAAGAGCAGUUCUUAGACCUCCUGAAGGAAGAUGGUAUCCAGUUUCCGCUGAUGUCGUCCGCCCGCAUCGUGCUCAAAGAUGCGCAGGGCAUCAUCGUGGAAGCGGAGGAACAGUCCUUCACCCUGCAGCCCACAAUGGCGAUGAGCGAGCUCAGCAGCUACGUGCAGAGCAUUACGCGCAGGGCUGACGCAACAUUGCCGAGCACCUUGAAGGCCUUGACAGCUUCUGCGCACUACCGUGUCUUGGUGGCGUCAGGCGAGGUCAUGCAGCCAUGCGAGCGUGCCCUUGUCCUCCUGAAAAGCACCAAGCGGACACACCAGACCCCUUUGGGCGAUGGCUUUCGCCUCACGACCCCGGGGGUUCAGUGCGGCCUGGAGGAAACGGAGAUGGCCACAUAUGAGGCGGUGGGCACAGCCACAAAUGCGACAUUGAAGGACUUUGUCCUGGACCCUCCGAAGACAGGAGAGCGAGUUAUGCACGCACUUGGAUUGGUGGUGGGGGUCGACGUCAAGACCGGCAAGCUCCUUCUGGAACAGAUCCAGCCGGUCCGCCCGGAGGAUGUCACGCACGCGCGGGACCUGCUCUCGCGUCUCAUCGCGUGGUCAGCCACAUGGGCGAUUGAGUCGCGCAAGCACUCAAGCGGCGGCGGGACGAAGCGAGCGGCUAGCGAGGUGCCGAGUGCAACUCGCACCUGCCGUCGCCUGAGCGCUUGCCCGACCGACGCCCCUUUUCCCUACUGA